GAGCCUCCUGUUUUUUGACAGGUGAGAUGAGUAGAGUUCACGAAAACCGAAAGGUUUACCAAUCUAUCACAGUUCAUGGGCAAUAAGGGAAGCUUUCAAGCUUUCCUUUUUCUAUUUAAGCAUGAAGAUAAGCAGACCCUUUUGAUUCUAAUCUACAAUGUUGAAUCUGAAGAGGAGAGUAGGCGAAGCAGCUUGCUAGCCAGCCAUCGACCCAAGCAAGGUAGCCAUUGUUUGGGUUGCUAAACUGGUUAGCUCGCUAGCUAGCUAGCGGCAACAUAUUUAGUUAGAUUAACGAACUUGCUAGCUAGCUAAAUAAUGAGUGUAUUUAGUUCGCUACUACUGUCUUUUAUUUAUGCUAUUUUGUGUCAAGCUAGCUAACAUACGGAGUAUUUGUAGUCUUGGGACGACAGCCAUCGCCGGUGUACUCUUGCCAGCUAGUCUUGGGAUGCUGCUAAGCUUGGGGCUUCCUGCAUGAUGUGUUACCGUGGUGACAACGGAGAACACCCAUCCCCCUCUCCCCCCCCCUGGGCCGCCGCCCCUCCCACCCACCCCUCCCCUAAAGCAGUCCUGACCUCACCAGGAUGCCGGACAGAAAGGAGCCGCCUAUCUAUAACGACGACAGUGUGGGCACCUUCCAGUACAAGUUGCCGUUCUACGAGACCAUGGAGCUGUUCAUCGAAACUUUGACGGGGACCUGCUUUGAGCUGCGUGUCUUGCCCAUCGAGACAGUCAUCUCUGUCAAGGCUAAGAUCCAGAGGCUGGAAGGUAUCCCUGUUGCCCAGCAACACCUGAUCUGGAACAACUUGGAGCUGGAGGAUGAGUACUGUCUGCAUGAUUACAGUAUUGCUGAGGGCUGUACUCUGAAGCUGGUGCUAGCCAUGAGAGGAGGACCAAUCAACACCAGGAGAGCAAGAAAUGCAGAUGUAGAAGCAUAUUUCACUCCUUCAGUGCCUGUUGAGGACCCAGUGAAGGAUAUGAUGGAGGGAGGCAGGGAGGAAGGCUGGGAUACGAGUCUGCCUGGCAGCAAGCAGGUCACUUUUCUGGUGUACCAAGAGGGAGACCAGCUCAGCUUCUUCCGGGUCGUCGCCCGAGGGGACGGAACUCUGACCCAUGUCUCAGAAUCACUCAGUGGUGGCUCAGUGUUCAACAUGUACACAGAGGAGGUUGACGACGAGAUGGGGGGCUUGGCUCUGGGACAGCCAUCCCUGGAGAACUCUAUCACCAUGAACAAGAUGAAGCUGCUCAAAGCCAAGAUGGAGGACAUGAACGUCAACAAGAAGCCUAAGAGGUCUGCCAAGUUGAAACCUCUGUCACCUGUCAGUGCCCGGUCCUGCAGCAACUUUCUGGGGCUCCCCAGACACCACCGCCUCUUCCGUGUCCUGCCCCACAUCAACCAAUCCCACCACUCCACCUCAUACUUACCUCCAAUCAGGGACCAGGGAUCUGCAAAUCCCUCUACUCCCGUUGCUACUACCUCCGCCACCCACCUGUCAAUCAGCGGCCAGGUGCCGCCCUAUUUCUCUUCCUCGUCCUGUUACAUGCUUCAGGAAGAGGAACCAUGGGAGACCAGCCCCAAGUCGAUCCGGCCCCCUCCUAAAGUGUCCCGAUUGGAAAUCGGCAGCACCAGGCUCACGAGGGACUGUGUGUAUCCGCAGCUCCCCGCACUCCCCAGCAGGGGGCAGGCUGAGGGGACAGUGGAGCUGCCUGACUCCAGAGGAGAGGCACUGGGGCUGGAGUUGCUGGAGGAGGUUGCAAGCCUGCUGGAGCCCACACCGCCUGGAGCUCUGUACGGAAACCUGCUCACAGACCCCCUCAUCCUGGACAUCUCUACCCAGCCAGAGGAGGGUUUGGGUGGGUUGGAUGGGCUAGGAGCCCUGGGGUUUGGAGCAGAGCACCAGCUCUCCUCCACCCCCUCUCUGCUCUCCCAAACUGAGGGGAUGAACUCUUUAAACAACUGGGCUAUGGGUGGUUCUGAUAGGUUAGCCUGCAAAGGUCAGAGGACACAGUUACUAGGCAACACCCUUGAUCAUUUACCCGACUCUCCUUCCCCCUCUUCAUCUUCCCCCUCUAGUAGAUGGAAACUACCACAACCCUUUGAAUUCACAGGCUCAGUAACGCCAACCUUACAAUCUAAUCCCCCCUCCUCCCGCCCUACCACUCUCUUCUCCCCUGCUCCACCUCUCCCCUCCUCUCCUCCACAUGGCUCUCAUCUACGAGGCAUCAAGAUGGACUCCCCAGGCAAGCGGCCGGAGAUGAGUAAAAGUGAGGCACGGGGCAUCACCAAGCUGGCCAACCAGGCCUGUAUGAACCCUCUCGAGUCCCUCAGCAACACAGAGCUCCUGGCCUCCCUGUCUUCUUCCUCCAGGACCCCAGUCAGCAGCAGCAGGGAAGGCCUGGGACAGAGCCUGGGAUUUGGGUUGGAGCUGCCCGCUGUUGGGGCCUCCAGGCUGGGCAUGCUAGGCUCUACGGCCCCCUCCCUGCAAGCCAACAUCCAGCUGCUCCAGGCGGACCUUAUCCGACAGAUGUCCCCACUACACAGAGCGACUGCCUCUUACGUGGCACCCAACAGCCUGGGAUCAGCUGGAGGCUCCAGUUCAAUAAGAAGACCAGCCCCCCCUGCAUAUCACCUGCCUUCAGUCAAGGUUCCACUGGCGAAGAAGAAAUCUAAACACUGCUUCCUCUGUGGCAAGAAGACUGGUCUGGCCACCAGCUACGAGUGCAGGUGUGGUAACAACUUCUGCGCCACCCACCGCUAUGCAGAGACCCAUGACUGCACGUACAACUACAAGAGCGCCGGACGCCGCUUCCUCCAGGAAACCAACCCCAUCGUCAACGCUCCCAAGCUGCCCAAGAUCUGAGCCCCUCCCCAUGUCCCCCCUCUAUCCCUGCACUCCUUUCCUCUUUGUGAUGGAGGGAUGAAGAGAGAAAAUAACAGAUGUACCUGAAUGAUUUAAAAAGAAAGGAACAUAAUCACCACUGUGUGCUUUUAAAUUGACUUAACGACUUCAAAACGCCAAGUGUGAACAAAACGGAGAACACAGAAUAUUAGCAAAUUAACUUUAGUAGCUAGCUGUUUCCUUCGCUCUGGACAAUGUGAACGAACUGUUCAUCUGCUUUUCCUCAUACAGUAACCUUGAUCGUUUUCCAUAGCAGGAAAGUAUUGCAUGUACAUUUGUAGUUGUUAAAGCAGAAUGUCUGUCUAUUUCAUGUUUUAACAGAAGUGCAUGACUCCAAGCGUAUAAUGUUAUCUUUUUUUGCUUUAUCAGAUUAUUUCUAAACAUAGGACUGCAGAUCAGUCUCUGAGAGAUGCACUUUAGAAUUAUCAUAUUUAUAUACAAAUAUUUGACUGACUUUUUUGAGGGAAGGCUGCUGUAUUUCUUUUUGUAAUGAAGUGUUUUUGUUGUCUUACUGUAUCAUAAUGUUUUUAUAUCCAGUACCUAUCUCUCCUUUCUCCUGCUUCUAUGGGCACAUACAGUACCAGUCAAAAGGUUGGACACACCUACUCAUUAAAGGGUUUUUCUUUAUUUGUA